UGCCCUCUCUCCCCGCCCGCUGCCAGAUUUCCUGGUGGAGAAGGACAACGAGUACUGCGUCUGCGAGAUGCCCUGCAACGUCACCCGCUACGGCAAGGAGCUCUCCAUGGUGAAAAUCCCCAGCAAGGCCUCCGCCAAGUACCUGGCCAAGAAGUACAACAAGUCGGAGCAGUACAUCGGGGAGAACAUCCUGGUGCUGGAUAUCUUCUUCGAGGCCCUCAACUACGAGACGAUCGAGCAGAAGAAGGCGUACGAGGUGGCCGGCUUGCUGGGUGACAUUGGAGGGCAGAUGGGGCUGUUCAUCGGUGCCAGUAUCCUCACGAUACUGGAGCUGUUUGACUACGCCUACGAGGUGAUCAAGCACCGGCUGUGCCGGCGGGGAAAGUGCCGCAAGAACCACAAGAGGAGCAACACGGACAAAGGCGUCGCGCUGAGCAUGGACGACGUGAAACGCCACAAUCCCUGCGAGAGCAUCCGGGGCCACCCGGCAGGGAUGACGUACGCGGCCAACAUCCUACCUCACCACCCGGCCCGGGGCACCUUCGAGGACUUCACCUGCUAACCGACGUCUGGAUGUACAACCUGAGCUACCAAAGCCCUGCGGAGAGCUGCCCGUCCCCCUGCGAGCGCCCGCGGAGGGACGCAUCGAGGGGACCUCGCUCCUCGCCACGGCGGGACGCGCAC